AUGUCAGGAAGAGGAAAAGGAGGCAAGGGAUUGGGAAAGGGUGGAGCCAAACGUCAUCGUAAGGUUCUCCGGGACAACAUUCAAGGUAUCACCAAGCCGGCGAUCCGCCGUCUGGCCAGACGAGGAGGUGUCAAGCGUAUCAGUGGGUUAAUCUACGAGGAGACCCGUGGAGUUUUGAAGAUCUUUCUUGAGAACGUCAUCCGUGACGCCGUCACAUACACCGAACAUGCUCGCCGGAAAACUGUUACCGCCAUGGAUGUCGUUUAUGCUUUGAAGCGCCAAGGCCGUACUCUUUACGGAUUUGGUGGUUAA